CCCUAUAAGAAAUCCCAAAUUUCAAUUUCCCGGGAUACCCAUAUCAGCAAAACCAAUUCAGUUAUUAUUAGCAGUUAUAUACACAAGCCCCACAAAAUCAUCAUCUUUAUUUAUAUAAAUUUCUCAACAAGAAAUCAAUCAAUCUUUCUUUCUUGCCAAACAAUCCAUCCAAACAACCCCCAUAUAAAUAUAAAUACCUAUAUCUAUAUAUAAAAAUUCUUACAAAUUUUACAUCUUUUUCCAAACCCCAUCAUUAAUCAAUCAAUUAAAUAGAAAAAUAAUAAUGUCAAUUCAGCCACCCCCAUUGGGGUCUACUGUGAUCCCAGUGGUAAAUAAGCUCCGUGAAGUUCUGUUAAAAAUCGGCGAAACCGAUUCCGAAUUACAGUUACCAAUAGUGGCUGUUGUUGGCAGUCAAAGUAGCGGCAAAUCGAGUGUUUUAGAAGCUUUAGUUGGCCGUGAUUUUUUACCUAGGGGUUGUGAUAUUUGUACUAGAUGUCCGUUGCUUUUGCAGUUGGUACGGACCGAAAAAGACGGUGAAGAACAAGAGUAUGGGGAGUUCAGGCAUUUGCCUGGAAAAAAGUUUUUCGAUUUUCGAGAAAUUCGUGAUGAAAUUCAGGCUGAAACUGAGAGGGAAGCCGGAGGGAAUAAAAGAGUGUCAAACAAACAGAUUUACCUGGAAAUCUAUUCACACAGAGUUCUGGACAUGACAUUGGUUGAUCUGCCUGGAAUGACGAAGGUUCCUGUGGGUGAUCAGCCAUUGGAUAUUGAGGCACAAAUUCGUAAAAUGAUAUUGUCAUACAUCAAGCAGCCACGUUGUCUGAUAUUAGCUAUUACCCCUGCGAAUUCCGAUUUGGCAAAUUCAGAUGCACUUCAUAUAGCAGGCAUUGCUGAUCCUGAUGGUAAUCGUACGAUUGGCGUGAUUACAAAGCUGGAUAUUAUGGAUAGAGGUACUGAUGCCUGCAAUCUUUUGCUUGGAAAAACAAUUCCUCUUCGUCUUGGUUAUAUUGGUGUUGUCAAUCGAAGUCAAGAGGAUAUCGAGCUCAAUCGUGGAGUACAUGAUGCACUUGCAUAUGAGGAGGCUUUCUUUAACAGUCAUCCAGUAUAUAAUAGUGUUGCUGAUUGCUGUGGCAUCCCUCAAUUGGCCAAGAAGCUGAAUCAAAUUUUUGUGCAACACAUCUUCCAAAUGCUUCCAGAUUUGAAAUCUAGCAUCCGGUCUAAAUUAGCUUUUGCUUCUAAGGAGCAUUCGAGUUAUGGACACAUGCCAAAAGAAUCUGAUCGAGGAUCAUUAGUUCUGGACAUUCUUCUGAAGUACUCCAAAGAUUUUGUGUCCCUGGUGGAUGGAAGAAAUGAAGACAAGUUGACAUCCGAGGUGUAUGGUGGCGCACGGAUUCAUUAUAUCUUCCAGUCAAUAUUUUCGGAUCAUUUGGAGGAGGUUGAUCCAUUUGAGGGAUUAACUGAUGAAGAUAUAUGCACUGCAAUUCACAACGCAACUGGUCCUAGUUCUGCUUUAUUUGUGCCAGAGGUUCCAUUUCAAGUUCUGGUGCGACGGCAGAUAGCUCGUUUGUUGGAUCCUAGCCUUCAGUGUGCUAGACUUGUAUACAAUGAAUUAGUAAAGAUGACCCAUAGCUGUCGAGUGCGUGAAUUGCAACGGUUCCCUUUUCUUAAGGCACACAUUAAUGAGAUCGUUGGUAAUUUUUUGCAUGGAGGUCUUGAACCUUCACAGGCAAUAAUUAGACACAUAGUUGACAUGGAGACUGACUAUAUCAACACAUCACAUCCUAAUUUCAUUGGAGGAAAUAAAGCAGUGGAGAUUGCUUUAAAUCAAAUCAGAUCCAACAGACUGCUUUCAUUAUUGCCUAAGCCAAGGGAUGGUGUAGAUUUGGAUGCGGUCACCGUUUCUAGAAGCAAUCAAGUAUCAAAUGCUAUUGUGGUUAGAUCUCAAGCAAAUGGAAUUGUUGCUGAUCAGGGAGUUCGAUCAGUUGCAGGUAUCGAGAGAAAUGGAUCGUCUGGAGGCGAGAGGAGUUCAAACUGGAGAAUUGCGUCACUUUUCCGUGGAAGGGAGGUUCAUAAUCCUGCAAUAGAUACCUCUGGAAGCAACUCUGACCAUGAAGUUGUUAACCAUAGGGAGCGUGCUACAUCUAUAAUACAUCUUAGAGAGCCACCAUUAAUGUUGAAUUCAUCAGAAAUGCACUCAGAGCACGAGACUGUGGCAUUGUUAGUUACCAAACAGCUACUGGAAUCAUACUAUACCAUUGUUAGAAAAAACAUCCAGGAUUCUAUUCCCAAAGCAAUUAUGCAUUUUUUGGUGAACCACACAAAGAGACAACUACGCAAUGUAUUAAUUGAGAAUUUGUACAGGGAGAGCCUUUUUGAGACUUUGCUACAAGAAACUGAUGAAGUAUCUUUGAAGAGAAGGCAUGCUGCAGAAACUCUCUCGGCUCUUCGAGAGGCCUCACGUCUUUUAGAUGAGUUGCCAAUCGAAGCUACAACAGUCGAAAGAGGUCUUCAGUAAAUUCUGCGAGUUACAGGACAUUUUCUGAAGCAACUCUCACUAGGAGUGACUUUAUUCGAUCAUUUAUUCACAGUAUGGGUGAUUUCAAAGGAGCGCAUCCAACACCCAAAGGUGGGAGAUUAUAAAAAUUUUGCGGUAGCUAGUAGCUACUAAUUUAUUGCUUACUGCAACGGAAGUGUGAUUUUGGCAUCAUAUCAUAUAACAUAUAUAAUGCCAGAGAGAGUAGUUUUUUCGUGUAGGUUUUAGAUCAAAUUUUAACGUUUUCUUGUUCAGUUCUUAGGAAACACACACACACAAAACAAGACAGACGUUACACUUUAACACAUUCAAUUUCUUAUUGUAACAAGACACAUGUUGAUUAGUUCAAUCAAUCAAAUUUUGUUUGGUUUUU